UUCCGAAACUUCCUCACGUGACAUUAGUCCAAGUGAAGAUGUCAACAUCGAUAACCGAGUACACUUGAAGUUAUUUGACUGAUGUUUUUGUCGUAUUGCUGGAAAUCGGAAGGGAAUGUCGAUGUUGACCACUGCUUGACUGUCACAUAAGAUAGUUAAGGUAUGUUGUUGUCUCAAGAAAUAGUCUGGAAUGCUAUCCAAGACAAGCUACAACAGCUAGCUAGAGAUAGAUUCGUGUUGGCUUUGUGAGUAGACCAGUUUAACGUUCACAAACAACUGCAGGUCCUGCAUUGCAAUGUAGCUAACAAGCUAGCUGGUAUUUAACCAGUAUUCUACAAGUUAGCUUCCAUCAUCUCUAUACUGAUGGCUGGAUGUCACAGUGGCCAAUCCACCCUUGUCAACAGCUUGGCCACUCUGCUUCGGAAUCAUGGUACAUCUGUACUGGACGGCAGCAGUACCCUGACUCUACAGGCAGACUCUCUGCAGCACCUAGGUCGUCUGUUUGAGCAGUACCUCCUCUCCAGGACUCACCAACAUGGCUUCCUGGCUCUGCCCUCACACCCUGCUGACACCACCUCCCUACUGCAGCUCCAGUUCCUGUUCGACGUGCUGCAGAAGACUGUCUCCCUCAAGCUCAUCAAUCCACCUGGGUCGAGGCUUCAGUCAGUGGUCAAGAUCUUUCCUUUCAAGUCUCUCAAGUCCUUAGAGUUGAAGCGUAUCCCCCCUCACUGUCUGGAGGACCUGAGGGGAGUCUACUCUCAGUUAGAGGUCUUCACCUGCUCCAAGAGCCUCAGUUCCCUGGAGGAGCUACUGUCUCUGUGUGGAGGAGACCUCAGCUCUGCACUGCCCUGGCUGGAGCUGCACACCCUCAACUUCAGCUACAACACUAUAGUCUGCCUGGAUGAGUCACUGAGUUUACUGAAUGUUCUGAAGUCUCUGGAUCUUAGUCACAAUAAAAUCCAGGAGUGUGCUGACUUUCUCAAGCCUCUGAGUGAGCUAGAGCACCUCAACCUGGGCUUUAACAACCUCCAGAGAGCACCAACGCUGGGCUUGAGCUCCAGAGCCAAACUCCUCACUCUCAUCCUCAGAAACAACGAGCUGGAGACCAUCAACGGAGUAGAGCAGUUGUCAUCCCUACAGCACCUGGACUUGGCCUACAACCUGCUACUGGAUCACUCCCAGCUGGCUCCUCUGUCUAUGCUUCACAGUCUCAACAUGCUGAAUCUUAAGGGCAACCCACUGUUCUUCCAGAAGACCCACAGAACCCGCACUGUCCGCCACCUCUCCCCCAAGGCUGCCUACCUCAGACUCAGACUGGACAGCAGCCCUCUCUCCUCCUCAGAGUUGUCAGUGCUACCCAAACCGGGACAGCUGAUUGGGCAGCUCCAGUCCCAGGCCUCACCCUUGAUCACCAGGGCUCCAGAGCGGGGUAACCAGGAAGUAGUGUCCAGCGGGGGCGGGGAGUUGAGUGACAGCCUGUCGGUCAGCGAGGUGGGAGUGACACGACAAUGCAAGAAGAAAGCCAAAAGUAAGGUGAGGGUGAGACGGGCUAGCAUCUCAGAGCCCAGUGACUAUGACUAUGAAUCCAGACCACAGUCCUCUAUACAAGACAUCGUUCUCCCUCACCAGAAGGAGAUUGAACGCAUGGACAGUUUCAGGGACCAACUGGGUGAGGAUUGGCUGCGCUACCAGCAUCACCUAGAGGGGGCGCCAAUCGCCACCCUAGACAAGGCGGACAGGCCAGCUCCUCCACACCUCAACAACAGUCUCUGUGCCACCCCCUCCCCAACCAACAACAGCCCCAUCCAGGCGAGCCCCGCCACCUUUAAGCCCCCUUCUCCAGAGCUGGAAGUCCCGGAGGUUCUACCCCCACCGCUGCUCUCGUCUGAGCCCAAGGAGGAGGCCUCAGACUGGGAUGCAGAUCUGGAGACAGAGUCCACCCUCCAGUGGCCUGACCACAGCCUCGGGCACACAGAGUCCACCCUGGAGACUACUAUGACAGAGGGACUGGGUCAGGGGUUAGAGGGGACACCGGUGACACCCACGGACACCAGAGAAGAAGAGGAGGAGGACUUGGGAGUUGACCUGUGUCACCCCCUGCUUGUGGGAGUACUAUCAUCAUCUGAAGAGGAGGAGGAGGAGGAGGAGGAGGAUGGACUGAGGACGAAGAACAGGGCCCAGUGUCCUGUGUUCCUCAGGGUCAAGCCAAGACACGUCCUGGAGGUGGACAUGAGCAGGGGUCAGUUGCAGGCCCGGCUAGAGUUGGACAGUCUGGGGAGGUUCACCAUGUCCCAGGUCACCUGGACUGAGAGGGAGGUGGAGCGAACUCUUCCUGCGGUAGAGCUUCACUUCCGUUACAUCAGCAGAGAGAGGAGGAGGAGACGCUAUGUUAUGCUGGAUGAUGACCCCCAGGAGGCACUGCAGGCACUGACAGAGGUCCUGUCGCGGGUGGUGGAGGAGAAUGAGCGGCGGGUCAUGGAGGGUCGUCCCAGCUGUGUCUGCCUGCAGUGUCUCCGCUGUGGGUCAGAGUUCACACAGCGGGGAGGGAAGGGGCAGGAGGACGGAGGGAGAUUGAGAGGAUGGGCAGGACUGGAAGAGCAGGAGGAGAAGAAGAACAAGUGCAGAGAAGAUGGAUUGGGAAGUACCGUCAUCUGUCCUGAGUGUGGUAGUGAUCAUGUGGUCCAGCUGGCUGGCCAAUCAGCUCCCUCAACCAGUACGCCCGUCCAUGGUUCCCCAUGCCAAGACGGGACUGACCGACACUUUACCUUCAACCACAGAGAUACACCUCUACCCAAUCACCCUGGCAACAAGGACCCCACCAUGGAAGGUCCUUCCUCUGCCAGGGCCAGCCACUUCAGCAGCCCUGCCAUGAAGGCCUCAACCCAGGACACUAUCCAGACCAGCAUCUCCAUGGAGGACCCCACCUCCUUCUUCUCAGCCAAGGGAAGCUCCUUCUCCUUGGGGGAGACCUGGGAGGACCAGAGCUGUGACCGGAGCCUGUCCCAACCUGCCAGCUUCUACAGUACAGAGGGCCAGAGCCGUGACCGGAGCCUGUCCCAACCUGCCAGCUUCUACAGUACAGAGGGCCAGAGUAAUGGAGGUAUAGCAGGGAGCUACAGCUAUACUGUUAGUGCUACCUCACCUGGACCCCAGGAUCAGCAUGCAGAACAAGCCAGUCCAGGCCAGUUGGACCUUCUCUCAGAGGACUAUGAGGCGGUGGACCAUCGGCUGAAGCUCUUCCUAGAUGUGGAGGUGUUUGAAGAGGAAGAGGAGCUCCACUCCUUUCUCAAGGUGUCGACCGUGAAGUUUGGUGAUCCGGUGGAGUUCCCCUCGUUCCUGGUGGUGUCUGAUCAACGCAUCUACUUCCUGGAAGUGACAUCCGACAUGGAAGGGCAGCCUUGUGAUUGGCUGCAGAAGAGGGACAGCCGUGGAAUCACAGAGCUGAGUUACCUGGAGGUGGGACUGGGCUCCCAGAGUAUCCACAUGGAGUUUGAGGACGGGCCUGUGGCCUACACCCUGCUAGUACGGGACAGCGUGCGUUGCAAACGCUUCUUCAGCCUCUUCACAGGAGUGGUGCGUGAGUUGGCUACCAAGUCAGACAGCAAGCUUAAGUCUAUCUCCACCACCAGGCUCAACCCACAGCAUCAUCUCUGGCCCCUUGUGUGUGAAGACAUGCAGACUGAUGUGGAGGAUGGCCAGCUACAGUUCUUCUACCUUCUGUCCUUUCUACAUCAAGAAGACUGUGUGACCCCUCUGACAGUGCUGGCCACCCGGGAAACCCUGUACCUGCUCAACGAAGACCACCAAUGGAGCAAGAGCUUGCCCCACCCAUCAGCCAAUGAGAACAGGGAACCCUGCAGUGGGCGGGUCACUGUUCAGGAGACCCAGCCAAUCAGCUGUGUCAGCUCUGUCCAUCUAUGGUCGUCUGACCCGUGCAGAAUGGACAUCAAGCUUUACGAUGAGGUGAGACUGAGGGAGGAAAGAGACAUGUGAUUGGUCUUAAAUUAGGAAGGACUUCUUCCAAGUUCUCAAGGGUAAGCUGGAUAAGCUAAAUGCUAUCAUGAGAAAAGCUGGGCACACAUUUGUAUGUUUAUUAGACAUUUUUCAGGAUGAAAUCUCUUGAGAUGCACCAUCCUGUUUACAAGAGUGUGCAGAUGAAAACAACUAACAAACGAACAAUACUUAGUAAGAAGAAGAAUGUGGCAACUACUGUCUAAUAACAAUGAAAUCUAAUUUUAUUUGUCACGUGCCAAAUCCAACUGUGAAAUGCUUACUUAUGUAGCUCCCUUCAGUAACCACGAGCACAACCGUUCCUUGAUUUUAACUGGCGGCUUUAUUCUGUAGUUUUAGUCAGAAAUAUCACCUUCCGUGAGAACUAUAAAGUAAAUGAAAAAUACAGUUAAGCACACUCUUACAACCUUAUCUUACGAGUGACUUAUUAGCUUGGUAUAACUCUGAAGUGCUUACAUACAUAACAGUUUAACCGGCGUUAUAACGGGUUCAGAUUAAACACAUGAAUAAAGGAAAAAUACCUCAUUGGCUGCUUAUUACAGAAGGGAGGAAAUCAAACUUCACACUUAUUAUUCCUGGCAUGAAUUCACACUUCAUCCUAACAUACAUGCUUCAACUUUUAUGAACUACACCCGAUGACAUGAAAACUUAGCUAACGCAGCGCAGGAUUGCCUUCCCUCCAAAAGUGUGUUGCUACAAUAAGGAUCCCCGUUACAACAGUAUUAGCUACGUAAUUCCGCUUGUAUUAUUUCCCCCGCACAGCGGACACGUAAACAAUUCAAACAAAAGACAACAACCUCUAAGUCUAACUGUCAGUUACAACUUACAAGCCCUUAACCAACAAGGCAUAAGAAAAAUAAGAGUCAAGAAAAUAUUUACCCAAAUAAACUAAAGUAAAAAAAGAAAAUGUAUAACACAAUAAAAUAACAAUAACAAGGCUAUACACAGGGGGUUUCGGUACCGUGUCAAUGUGCGGGGGUACAAGUUAGUCGAGGUAAUAUGUACAGUACCAGUCAAAAGUUUGGACACCUACUCAUUCAAGGGUUUCUUUAUUUUUACUAUUUUCUGCAUUGUACUUCAAACCUAUGAAUAACACAUAUGGAAUCUAGUAUUAACCAAAAAAGUGUUAAACAAAUCAAAAUAUAUUUCAUAUUUGUGAUUCUUCAAAGUAGCUACCCAUUGCCUUGAUGACAGCUUUGCACACUCUUGGCAUUCUCUCAACCAGCUUCACCUGGAAUGCUUUUCCAACAGUCUUGAAGGAGUUCCCACAUAUGCUGAGCACUUGUUGGCUGCUUUUCAUUCGCUCUGUGGUCCAACUCAUCCCAAACCAUCUCAAUUGGGUUGUUGUGGAGGCCAGGUCAUCUGAUGCAGAUCUCCAUCACUCUCCUUCUUAUUCAAAUAGCCCUUACACAGCCUGGAGGUGUGUUGUGUCAUUGUCCUGUUGAAAAACAAAUGAUAGUCCCACUAAGCUCAAACCAGAUGGGAUGGCGUAUCGCUGUGCUAGCCAUGCUGGUUAAAUGUGCCUUGAAUUCUAAAAUCACCAACAGUAUCACCUGCAAAGCACCAUCAAACCUCCUCCUCCAUGCUUCACGGUGGGAACCACACAUGCCGAGAUCAUCCGUUCACUUACUCUGCGUCUCACAAAGACACGGCGGUUGGAACCAAAAAUCUUAAAAUUGGGCUCAUCAGACCGGAGGAAAGAUUUCCACUUGUCUAAUGUCCAUUGCUCGUGUUUCUUAUUAUUGCUGUUCUUUAAUGGUGGCUUCUUUGCAGCGAAUCGACCAUGAAGGCCUGAUUCACGCAAAGGGUGGCUACUUUAAAGAAACUCCAAUGUAAAAUAUACACUGCUCAAAAACAUAAAGGGAAAACUAAAAUAACACAUCCUAGAUCUGAAUGAAUGAAAUAUUCUUAUUAAAUACUUUUUUCUUUACAUAGUUGAAUGUGCUGACAACAAAAUCACACAAUUAUCAAUGGAAAUCAAAUUUAUCAACCCAUGGAGGUCUGGAUUUGGAGUCACACUCAAAAUUAAAGUGGAAAACCACACUACAGGCUGAUCCAACUUUGAUGUAAUGUCCUUAAAACAAGUCAAAAUGAGGCUCAGUAGUGUGUGUGGCCUCCACGUGCCUGUAUGACCUCCCUACAACACCUGGGCAUGCUCCUGAUGAGGUGGCGGAUGGUCUCCUGAGGGAUCUCCUCCCAGACCUGGACUAAAGCAUCUGCCAACUCCUGGACAGUCUGUGGUGCAACGAGCGAGACAUGAUGUCCCAGAUGUGCUCAAUUGGAUUCAGGUCUGGGGAACAGGCGGGCCAGUCCAUAGCAUCAAUGCCUUCCUCUUGCAGGAACUGCUGACACACUCCAGCCACAUGAGGUCUAGCAUUGUCUUGCAUUAGGAGGAACCCAGGGCCAACCGCACCAGCAUAUGGUCUUACAAGGGGUUUGAGUAUCUCAUCUCGGUACCUAAUGGCAGUCAGGCUACCUCUGGCGAGCACAUGGAGGGCUGUGCGGCCCCCCAAAGAAAUGCCACCCCACACCAUGACUGACCCACCGCAAAACCGGUCAUGCUGGAGGAUGUUGCAGGCAGCAGAACGUUCUCCACGGCGCUCCAGACUCUGUCACGUCUGUCACGUGCUCAGUGUGAACCUGCUUUCAUCUGUGAAGAGCACAGGGCACCAGUGGCGAAUUUGCCAAUCUUGGUGUUCUCUGGCAAAUGCCAAACGUCCUGCACGGUGUUGGGCUGUAAGCACAACCCCCACUUGUGGACGUCGGGCCCUCAUACCACCUUCAUGGAGUCUGUUUCUGACCGUUUGAGCAGACACAUGCACAUUUGUGGCCUGCUGGAGGUCAUUUUGCAGGGCUCUGGCAGUGCUCCUCCUGCUCCUCCUUGCACAAAGGCGGAGGUAGCGGUCCUGCUGCUGGGUUGUUGCCCUCCUACAGCCUCCUCCACAUCUCCUGAUGUACUGGCCUGUCUCCUGGUAGCACCUCCAUGCUCUGGACACUACGCUGACAGACACAGCAAACCUUCCUGCCACAGCUCGCAUUGAUGUGCCAUCCUGGAUGAGCUGCACUACCUGAGCCACUUGUGUGGGUUGUAAGACUCCGUCUCAUGCUACCACUAGAGUGAAAGCACCGCCAGCAUUCAAAAGUGACCAAAACAUCAGCCAGGAAGCAUAGGAACUGAGAAGUGGUCUGGUUACCACCUGCAGAACCACUCCUUUAUUGGGGGUGUCUUGCUAAUUGCCUAUAAUUUCCACCUGUUGUCUAUUCCAUUUGCACAACAGCAUGUGACAUUUAUUGUCAAUCAGUGUUGCUUCCUAAGUGGACAGUUUGAUUUCACAUAAGUGUGAUUGACUUGGAGUUACAUUGUGUUGUUUAAGUGUUCCCUUUAUUUUUUGGAGCAGUGAAUUUAGAUUUGUUUAACACUUUUUUGGUUACUACAUGAUUCCAUAUGUGUUAUUUCAUAAUUUUGAGUCUUCACUAUUUUUCUACAAUUUAGAAAAUAGUAAAAAUAAAGAAAAACCCUUGAAUGAGUAGGUGUUUUAACUUUUGACCGGUAGUGUAGAUAUUUACAAAUGUCGUGACAUGGUGAUGUUUCUAUUAGUUAAGAAAACAGUUUGAUCUUAACAUUUGAAAAAGGCCUUUCUUAAAUUCAAUGUGUGAUUUUUAAUGUCCUGAUUUCUAUAGGUAAAUGAUUAGUCAAUUAGGUUUUCCUUUUAAUAAAUAUACACAGCACGACAAAACAUGUUUUAAGUUGAUCCAUUUAAAAAGAAAUUGGUUCUAAUGCAGUUGUCUUCUGUUUGGGAGUGGCAGUCCAUUUAGUGAUUCAGACAUUGUGCAAUGAUGUCUUAUAAUAGCAUACAAGAAUGAAUCUGCAAAGAUUAUGACAUCGAAUUCUCAAAGUAAGGUCUUGGUUGUGAUUUGAAAGAUGUCACUAUAGUCUAGGAUAGGAAGCAGCAGAUGGUUUACCAUGGUCUUUCUAAUGGAUACAGUAAAACAACUCCGUAUUGUAAACCAGGCUUAUAGUUUGUUGUUUUUCUAAAAUCUAUAUGCUGUCCAAAAGAUCAUUCAGAAUCUAUUCUCAAACCCAGAUAUUUCAAACAAUCAACACUUCCAAGCAUUGUUCCAUCACUUCCCCAAAAAAAUUAAUUGCCAGUAUUGUCAGCAACUCAUUCUUUGCCGUGUACCAAACCGCAUGAUAUAGGUGUGUGUAUGCAUUGGUGUCCACAUCACCAAUGAACUAUCAUGGUCCAAACAUACCAAGACAGUCGUGAAGAGGGCACGACACAACCUUUUUUCCCUCAGGAGACUGAAAAGAUUUGGCAUGGGUCCUGAGAUCCUCAAAAGGUUCUACAGCUGCACUAUUGAGAGCAUCCUGACCGGUUGCAUCACCACCUGGUAUGGCAUCUGACCGUAAGGUGCUACAGAGGGUAUUGCAAACAUCCCAGAACAUCACUGGGGCCAAGCUUCCUGCCAUCCAGGACCUAUAUAAUAGGUGGUGUCAGAGGAAAGCCCAGAAAAUUGUCAGACUCCAGUCACCCAAGUUAUUGACUGUUUUCUCUGCUACCGCACGGCAAGCGGUACAGGAGCGCCAAGUCUAGGACCAAAAGGCUCCUCAACAGCUUCUACCCCCAAGCCAUUAUGAAUUGUUCAGCAGUCUAAAAAUCGCCACCGGACAAUUUACAUUGACCCCCAACCUCCUGUACACUGCUGCAACUCGCUGUUUAUUUGUUACCUAUGCAUAGUCACUUCGCCCCCACCUACAUGUACAGAUUACCUCAACUAGCCUGUAACCCUGCCCACUGACUCGGUACCAGUGCCACCUGUAUAUAGCCUUGUUAUUGUAAUUCUUAUUGUGUUACUUUUUAUUUUAGCCUACUUGGUAAAUAUUUUCUUCUUCUUGAACUGCGCUGUUGGUUAAGGGCUUGAAGUAAGCAUUUCACAGUGAAGUCUACA